AUCCACAUAGGCGCCAAACAUCGAUUGCGCGCGCUGCCGAGCUUCACCAUGGCCUCACCACCGCACCUCCCACAGCUCAAUCCACCCCGGAAACGCACCAGCAUAUCCUCCCUCUCCGCCGUAGCCAAGAAGCGCAAGCCCUCGCAGCUCCGUAAUGCUUUCUCUCCAGAAACAGAAGGCGUCGGGUCGCCGCGUUACUCGCGCUCACCGUCCGUCGACAGCGUAGCCACGACGUCCAUCAUUAACGGCGUGGGAGGGAAGAAGCGGCGCAAGAAGAAUGGCGAUGAUGGGGCAAGCGUCGCCGGAUCGAGUAUGAGGGGCGGCAAAGGGCAAGACGGACGGAGUGCCAUCGGCGGGGAUGGCGACGGGGAGGGAGAAGGCGAGGACGAGCCAUACGAAGACGACGAAGACGACAUGGACAUGGCGAUAGAAGGGGGCAUGACAGCCGAAGACCGACGAAAACAAGACAAAGCGCGAGAACGCAUCCUCUACGAAUACAUGACCCCCGCGCAAUCCGACCGCUACGAACUCUACCGCCGCAUCCGCCUCAAGCGCGACACAGUCCGCAAGCUCGUCAACCAAACCCUCUCCCAGUCCGUCCCCGCCCCCAUCGUCAUCGCCGUAACCUCGUACGCCAAAUCCUUCAUCGGCGAGCUAAUCGACCGCGCCCUCACCGUCCGCGACGAAUGGGCCGCCUCGCGCACCCACCUGCCCAACCCCAACCUGCCCACCCCCGUCCUCCUCCAGGGCCUACAGCGCCCCUCCGCACACAUCAAAGACGACCGCAAUCGCCCCACAAACGCGGACAUACAGUCCGCUGGCUUGUACUUUAGCCAGGUCGAUCGCGAGCAGAGCUUCUGGGCGGAGAUUAGCAAGGAUGAAGGCCUGAAGGAACGGUUGAAGGGCUGUGAUAAGGGGCCGUUGACCCCGGAUCAUCUUAGAGAGGCGCUGAGGAGGUAUAAGAGGGAUCGGGAUGGAGGCGGGGCCGGGUUUGCUGGUAUGAGUCUUGAGGGUGUGGAGAGGACGCUCGCGAGGACUGGCGGGAAGAGGCUGUUUCGCUAGUCUUGGUCUGGAAGGGUAAUCGACGGGAGUGGUUGGGGAGUGGCUGCACGAAUUGUUUUUGAAGCAUAGCGAUGGUGUUUGGGGGGGAUGGAACUGGAAAUUGCCAAGGAGUGCAGUUUUGAGUCUCAUGGUGGGCUCUUUUUGGGGAGUUUUGGGGAACUGGAUAUGGCUACAAGGUUACGACGCGGACUUGUCAGGGCAGUAAUUCGACAUAUUUGCAUGCGC